UUCGCGCGUUUAACGCGUGUUCCGUGAUGACGUCGCUUCCGGUAAUUUUUGUUAUGUUAUGCCUUGACAAAGGCAUCUGACAGAAACGUUUGAAUUAUAUAGAAAUCUAAUUACUAUAUAGUAGUUACUGAAAUAAGGCAAGAAAAGUGAAAACUGGGAAGAAGUUGUUGAUGUAAAAUGCUGCAGCCAAUGGGUGAAGGAUUACACUUUCCGACGAGGCAUUACUCAUUAUAACGGUUGCGCUCUCUCUCUCUCAACAAGGACGAAGGGUUUUAAAGAAUAAAGACGUAGUAUAUCAACGAUAAACAACAACUAUGAGAGAAAUCGUACAUCUUCAAGCUGGACAAUGCGGAAAUCAAAUCGGAGCUAAGUUCUGGGAAGUGAUCUCAGAUGAGCAUGGAAUUGACCCCACCGGUACAUACCACGGGGAUUCUGACCUUCAACUUGAGAGAAUCAACGUCUACUAUAAUGAAGCUUCUGGUGGUAAAUAUGUACCCCGUGCAGUUCUGGUCGAUCUGGAGCCCGGAACCAUGGACUCUGUGAGGUCUGGACCAUUUGGUCAGGUCUUCAGACCCGACAACUUUGUUUUUGGUCAGAGUGGUGCUGGAAACAACUGGGCCAAGGGUCACUACACAGAGGGAGCUGAGCUGGUUGACUCGGUCAUGGAUGUAGUACGGAAAGAAUCAGAAAACUGUGAUUGCCUCCAGGGUUUCCAACUCACACACUCUCUUGGUGGUGGUACCGGCUCCGGUAUGGGAACUCUUCUCAUCAGCAAGAUCCGUGAAGAAUACCCCGACAGAAUCAUGCUCUCUUUCUCAGUUGUUCCCUCUCCUAAGGUCUCAGACACAGUUGUAGAACCAUAUAACGCCACAUUGUCAGUCCAUCAACUAGUCGAGAACACAGACGAGACCUACUGUAUUGACAACGAGGCUCUCUACGACAUCUGUUUCAGAACUUUGAAAUUGACCACUCCCACAUAUGGUGACUUGAACCAUCUUGUAUCGGCUACAAUGUCCGGUGUUACCACUUGUCUUCGAUUCCCUGGUCAGUUGAACGCAGAUCUCCGUAAAUUGGCCGUCAACAUGGUUCCCUUCCCACGUCUUCACUUUUUCAUGCCAGGUUUCGCACCUCUUACAUCACGUGGUAGUCAACAAUACAGAUCAGUCACUGUCCCAGAACUCACUCAGCAGAUGUUCGACUCCAAGAACAUGAUGGCCGCCUGUGACCCACGUCAUGGACGUUACUUGACAGUCGCUGCCAUUUUCAGAGGACGUAUGUCCAUGAAAGAAGUCGAUGAACAGAUGAUGAACGUCCAGAACAAGAACAGCAGUUACUUCGUUGAAUGGAUUCCUAACAAUGUCAAGACAGCUGUUUGUGAUAUCCCACCACGUGGUCUUAAGAUGUCUGCCACCUUCAUUGGUAACAGUACCGCCAUCCAAGAAUUGUUCAAGCGUAUCUCUGAACAGUUCACCGCUAUGUUCCGUCGUAAGGCUUUCUUACAUUGGUAUACUGGUGAAGGUAUGGACGAGAUGGAGUUUACCGAGGCAGAAUCUAACAUGAACGACUUGGUCUCUGAAUACCAGCAGUACCAAGAUGCCACAGCGGAAGAAGAGGGCGAGUUUGACGAGGAGGAAGACGAGGGUGAAGAAGCCUAAAUGUACUAACUUUCAAAUGACUUUUUAGCAGCCAUAAUAUUCUAAUACAUUUCGUCAAAUAAUAAUAAGCCUCUAAAACAAAUGUAUUAGCAUCUCUGAGGUAAAACUGUUCAGUUUUAAAACAACUAUUGUUACUUUGAUAUGAUAUUAAUUUUUUAACCAGUUGUAGUGAAAGAAACUGAAUACAUGUGCAAUAUUAAUGUAAUACUUUUUACCUAAUAUUUCAUAAUCAUUGACAUUCAUUGUUGGAAGGUUACGUCUCAUACCGAUUAAUAAAGAACAAUAUGAACAUGAAA